AUGCCUGCGGAAACUUCGCAGCCUCCUCCCCAUCAUCAUCAUUUUCUACAGAAAGAAACUUCCGGGCCUCACCCACCCCCUUGCAAAACCCGAGGUGGGACAAAACAGGUGGUGAAAGGAGCUGCCUGUCGCCAGCAGGGCGCGACAAGACAGCACGGCCUGAGCCGCGGAGCUGCGAAGGUCAUGGCGGCCACUCUGGCACUGCCCGACGGCCCUUCGGGUCUCGCGGUUCGAGCUGUGCUGCGGCUCUGUGGAAGGUCUGAAGACUACGACGUGACUUGUGGAUCAGCAGAUCCCGUCCUGGACGACAAGGCCGCCGGGGUCCAUUUGAAGGGCGCAGACACCGUCUGCCGUUAUCUGGUGUCCAGUUGCACCGGAAAAGAAGCGGAUCUGCGAGCUGCAGCCACGGGGCAGCUCCUGGGAUGCACCCCCAUUCUGGCGGCCCAGGUUUCGCAAUGGCUGGCCUUUGCACAUUCUGAGCUGUCACCUCUGACCGACGACAAGCUUGACAAGCUGAAUGCAUUUCUGGCACCACGUGUCUUCCUGGUGGGUACGAGCCUGACGCUUGCGGACAUAUGCAUUUUCGUCGUCGUCCACAAAGCAGUGACAGGAUUUCCCGUGGCUCAGACAAAGCGCUUCUGCAACCUGUUGCGGUGGCACGACUUGAUGCUGAACAUCGCAGAAUGGUCCGGUAUCAUAGCAACAGUCCCGCUAAGGAAGCCAGUCUUUGACUUCACACCACCACAGCCGCCCCCACCACAGCCCAAGGCACCAAAAACUGAUCCAGGUCAGGCCCAGCAGGCUGACUCAAAGGCCAGCUCAAAAGCUGAAUCGAAGGCUGCAAAAAAGUCCAGUGCAGUUGAGGCAACGAAGACCUGA